AUGUCGGUUGUCACAAAGAACCCUUUUGCCUACCUCGGCAACGACAGCGAUGGCGAGGAGAAGCCCGUCGUCCCUGUCAAGACUGUCGACAAGACCAACCCUCGCACUACUAAGCGCAAUGUCGAACCCCAAGCUCCCGUGAGAGCCGGUGGUGCUGGAGGCAACCGCCGAGGUCCUGGCGGCAACGAGGGUGCCUUCCGGGAUCGUGGUGCUGGCAGCGAUAGAAACCACGGCCGAUCCACUGAGGAGACCCCCCGAUCUGGCCCCCGAGGCGGUGCUGGUGCCCGUGUCCGUGGUGGCCGUGGCGCUAGACACCCCCGCGACCGCGAUGACCGACACCCCACCCGCUCUGGUGCCCAUGGUGGCUCCGACAAGCAGGCUGCCCAGUCCUGGGGUGCCACCGAGGGUACUGCUGAGCUUAAGGACGAGCAGGCCGGCGAUGCCAUUGCCCAGACCGAGCAGAAGGAUGCUCUCGCCGAGGACGCCGCCGCUGAGGAUGCCGCUGCUGAGGAGGCCGAGAAGCAGGUCUCUUACACCGAUUACCUUGCCCAGCAGGCCGAGAAGAAGGCCGCUCUCGACGCUGGCCUCAAUGUCCGCUCUGCCAACGAGGGCAGCAAGCUCGACAAGAAGUGGGCCAACGCCAAGCCCCUCGAGAACGAGGAGGAGGAGUACUUUGCCGGCACCGGCGGCAAGGCCCAGCGCCAGCGCGAGCGCAAGGUCAAGCAGACCAUCGACUUCGACCCCCGCUUCGUCGAGCCUGAGCGCACCCGAGGUGGCCGCGGCGGCCGUGGCGGUCGUGGAGGCCGUGGUGGUGAGCGUGGUGGCUCUGACCGUGGCCGUGGAGGCAACUUCCGCGGUGGUCGCGGUGGCCGUGAGGGUAACGCUCCCAUCAACACCAGCGACCAGUCGGCUUUCCCCAGCCUCGGCGGCAACUAG